AUGGCGAAAUUAAACACUGUGGCCUUUGAGGAGGCUCUCUCUAUGACAGGUCUAGGCAAGUUCAACUUCCUGAUGUUCAUUCUGGCAUUGCUGGUGGUGACAGGAAUGACCUUCGAAGUCUUCUCCGUCUCGUAUCUGGUGCCGGCGAGUGCUUGUGAACUGGACACUACAGUAUUUCAACAGGGAUUGAUCGCUGGAAUACCGUUGUUAGGAAUAAUAGCAACCUCCCACAUAUGGGGAUACCUGGCUGAUACCCAAGGACGAAGAAAGGCGCUGCUUUGGUCCAUGGUCUUGGGUUACUGCGCUGGUUUCCUCGCCACAUUUUCUCCUAAUUGGAUCGUAUUUGCUGUGCUAAAGUUCGCCUCUUCUGCUGGAUUAGCUGGUUGCUACCCGUUGGUGAUCACCCUCUUGGGCGAAUCAACGCCACAGGAUAAAAGAUCCGUCAUUAUAGCUUUCCUGAAUACGCAGUUGUUCUUAUCAUCAGGGCUUAUGGCUUUGCUAUCUAUCCCAGUUUUACACAUGACGUUCGCCUACUAUAUUCCGUUCUUGGGCAUUCACUUCCAAGCUUGGCGUCUCCUCAACCUGAUAUUCUGUCUACCCUGUGCAAUUAGCGGCAUCUCUAUAUAUUUCUCGUACGAGAGUCCCAAGUACCUGCUGAAGGAAGGGAAACAUGACGAAGCACUCGAAGUCUUGAAAGCUAUCUAUGUUAUCAACACUGGAAAGAGUCAGGAAGAGUAUGAGGUGCAUGCACUUUCUCUAAAUGAAGCCAGCGCUGAGUCAACGUCAACUGGCUUAUGGUCAUCCUUCGCGUCGCAAACAAUACCUAUGUUCAAACCACCACUACUGAAAAGCACGCUGCUGUUAUCUACGUUAUUCGUUAUAGCUUAUGUUGGUAUGCAGCCUUUCGUAAUUUGGAUGCCAUUCAUAGCAGAUGCCUUUAUGCGAUCUCUAGAGAAUGGAGACACGGGAAUCAGUUUCUGCGAAAUGCUUCGGCUUGCACAAAACCAAACCGACACCGAGACUAGUGAUUGCAGUUUGAACGUAGUUGCUAUGACAUCGGUGUUUGCGAUCUCUCUUUUCUUGGGAAUAGCCAAUGCUCUCUUUGGUUCGAGUGUAAACACGUUUGGCAAAAAGAAACUUUUAAUUGGAUUCAUGUUAAUGUCUGGAACAUGUGCCAUAUUCCUAAACUUCAUCCACAAUUACAUCGCCAGCGGAAUCAUGUUCAUUCUAUACGUUGUCAGUGCUAUCAACUUUAGUUUUCUCUCCAUUUAUACAGUGGAUAUCUAUCCCACUUAUGUGAAAGCUAUGGCUGUCUGUCUAACCCUGAUGGUAGGACGUGGCAGUUCAGCUCUUGGCAUCAACGUUUUAAAAUCUUUGCUGACAUACAACUGCGAGCUGGCAUUCUAUCUCUUUGGUGGUUUGACAUUGAUUGGCGGUAUUAUUUCGUUCCUUCUACCUUCGGAUAACAAGAAACCAAAGACUGUCGACGAGUAA